UGUAUCCCACAUCAAGCAAGCACAGGAUCAUCCCAUGAGCAGGUCGUCGAGCAUUUCUUUCCUUUCAGUUCUCCUACAAUAGCCAAAGGCAGCGAGGCGAGGCGACGUCACUCACUCCUUUCAUCUCGAGGCGCGACUAACCAGCCAGCCGGUCUGGCAUGCUCAGCUAGCUACCCUGGCGACGUGACGCAGAGCUUCAUUCAUUCAUUCAUUCAUUCAUCCUCGCUACUUGCCAGCUCGAGGACGAGGACGCCGGCACGACGCCAUGGCAGGCCAUGAACAAUCGACUGACACGACUCGAGACGAGAUCGCCACAACAGCCAUACCAGCAACGGCUGCGCUGCCCAUCCCCUCCGUGGACGAGGACCUAGUACGGCAAGAAGCCUCAUCCAGCUUCUCGUCCUCCUCGCCUCCUCCUCCUCCCGCUCACAGCGGCGGCAAGCGCAAAGAUGAGGAGGACGUGCCUCCUUCUCCCCCCUCGUCGAGCUCACACAGCGAGGAGUACGAGCACGACGCAAACGGCAUGCCAACGGACAUCGAGCACGUACCCGUCACCGAUGACCCGCGUCUGUGGAGCGAAGCCCGCAAGUGGUACCAAGUCUUCAUCGUCUCGUACGGCGCCCUAAUCCCAACCAUGGGCGCCAAUGCAUGGUUUCCCGCCAUUGCCGACAUAAAAGCAGACCUGGGCGCAUCCGACGCAUCCGUCGACCUAUCCGUCUCACUGUACAUCUUGUUCCAGGGGAUGUUCCCCCUCCUCUGGUCGCCGACCUCGGAGAUCUUUGGACGGAAGAAGUGCUUUCUAGUAGCAAUGGGCCUCUACACGGUCGCGACGGGGUUUACGCCCUUGGCGCGCAAUAUGGCGACGGUGAUUGCGUUGAGGAGUAUCGCGGCAGCAGGGAGCGCGGCUACGUUGAGUAUUGCGGCGGGCAGUCUGGCGGAUAUGUACGAGGCCGAGGAGCGCGGCGUCAAGGUCGGGGUGUACUACAGUUUGCCCAUCUCAGGGCCAGCAUUGGCGCCUAUCCUCGGGGGAGCACUGACCGAGGCUGCUGGGUGGAGGGCUACGUUCUACUUCCUCACCGCAGCAGGCGGAGCCUCCUUCCUGCUGUACUGCACCUUCAAGGAGACGUUUCGCACCGAGCGUAGCGCUGCAUGGCACAAGGCGAGGAUCGAGGCCGAGAAGCGGUUGCGUGAGCACCGCGAGGAGAAACAUGACGGAGGAGAUCUCGAGGGGACAGGGCGGCGUGCCUCGCCGGAUGCCAACGCCAAUGGUGAUGAGCAGCACAAGCCGAUGGCUGUACCGGAUUACCAAGGCGCGGGAAUCGAGUACCUGUACACAACGGCCAGCGAGACGCAUAUUGAGAGGCAGAAGAGGGGGGCCACGCGUACUACCUCGCGCGCUCAGAGGAGCAAGACAUUGCCCGAGCGAGCGCCCCAAGAGGAGCAGGGCAAGGAGGCCAACAACCUUCCAGGCGUAUCCGCCACUGCGGCCCGGUCUGCCGGUACUCGCGAAGAAUCCCAACAAAAGGUCACAACCCCCUCACGCUCACGUCGGAUAGCGCUGCAACCCCUCUCACUCCUCUCCCGCACCGCAACCACAACGCUACGUCGUCUACCCUCGCGGAACCCUACCUCCACGGGUCCCUCCUUCAAACCCUCCUUCUCCUCCGUCUCCCCACUCGGCUCGGCAGCGCACGUCCUCUCCCAGCCACACAACCUCGUCACCCUCCUCUUCUCCGGCGUGAACUUCGCAGCACAGUACAGCUUGAGCUUCGCGACCACGGAAACCUUUGUGGCUCCGCCGUACGGCUUCUCGCCCAUCUUGGUUGGAUGCGUGUUGCUGGCGCUGGGCGUUGGUGGGGUGAUUGGCAGCGUGGUUGGGGGGAGGUUGAGUGAUUUGAAGUUGAGAGAGGUGGCACGAAGAUUAGGACAUAAGGCCCCAUCCGAAUGGCGGCUACGCACCAUUGUCUACCCGAUGCUGGCCGUCCCUCCCUGCUUCAUAGGGUACGGCUGGUCCCUCUACUACCACGCCAACGUAGGCUGGCCUGCCGCUCUCCUCUUCCUGCUGGGCCUCACGCAAAUUUGGACCUACUCCGUCUCCCUUUCCUACCUAGUCGACGCCAAUCCCGGCCGAUCCUCGGCAGCCAUUUCGGUCAACUCGGCAUUUCGAGGCGUACUGGCCUGCGUGGCGAGUGGGGUCAGUAGCCCCCUGUUGAGGGAGGUGGGACAGGGAGCAUUACAGAGUGGAUGGGGGGUGCUCGUCGCCGCGGUUACGGCGGUCAUGUUUGUGGUGAUGAAGAGGGGGGAGAGAUGGAGGCAGCCCGAUUGGAGGUGGCCCCGACCAAGCGCUUGGCGCAGGGGAGCGAGGGGGGAGGAGGGGGAGAAGGAAGCCGCUACGGGUGCGGGUGCGGGUGCGGCUGUUGCGUAGAGCAACCUACAACUCGGAUCGCAAAGCAAGGCACCCUCAUUGUACUUUUAAAAAUCAAAUACACCGUGAGCUAUUCAAUUCCAUCGCGACGCUGCGCUGCUCAUUGCCCAUCACUUGUGGCUGCGUGCGGUGGCAAACUGAUUACUAUUCGCGAGAGGGAGG